UGGCACACAGCAUGGCGGAAAACCGAGAGCCCCGCGGGGCCGUCGAGGCUGAGCUGGACCCGGUGGAGUAUACCCUUCGGAAGCGGCUCCCCCACCACCGGCCCUGGAGGCCCAAUGACAUUUAUGUCAACAUGAAGACUGACUUUAAGGCCCAGUUGGCCCGCUGCCAAAAGCUUCUGGACGGAGGGGCUCGGGGUCAGAAUUCAUGCAGUGAGAUCUGCAUUCAUGACUUGGGCCUGGCCAUCAACCAUGUCAUCAGCAUUGCCCUACAGCUUCAGGCAGGCAGCUUCGGGUCCUUGCAGGUGGCUGCCAAUACCUCCACUGUGGAGCUUGUCGAUGAGCUGGAACCAGAGACUGAUACACGAGAGCCACUGACCCGCAUCUGCAACAACUCGGCCAUCCACAUCCGGGUCUUUAGGGUUGCACCCAAGUAA